GUAUCACAACAAUAAUCAGGUUAAAAUCUUGAAAUUGAUGACUUCAAAGAUUUCACGAUGAUAGGAAGGUACACUUGGUAAUAUACGACGAAAACACCACGACGCUUGUAGGUACAAUUCGCUCCACAGUGAAUUCACAACUAACAACAUAUCAUUGCGAGGGUUAACGAAAAGUGUGUUAGUAUUGGGCUUGAAAUUAUUUUGGGAGCGUCUUGAUUGAUCGAAAAUAAUGAAAUGCUGAUCAUCUUAAUUGUUGAUGUCGGCUUGAACGUUGUGCUUAUUUUGUACCAUAAAACGUUAAGAUUUUGGUGCAGAAUGCUCUUAUAUAUGUCGUGACACCCUGUUUUAUAUUUCUAUGACAACAGUGGCAGACCGGAAGCGUCAAUAAUUCGAAAAAGUGACAGGUACGUGACAGAAUGAGGAGGAAAAACCCUCAAUUGGAAGCGGACAAGAGACUGCUACAGUACGCAGAUUACGAGGCCUAUCUGGACAGCUUCAUCACGAAACAGGACCUCUGUUACCUCCAGAACCUACACGUAUGCAGGAAGUUCUCCGAGCUGGGCUACAGGAACUGGGGCGAAACCCUAUCCCAGGACACGUUCGAGAGAAGGUACGAGGCCGUGCUGAACUACGUGCAUCCGGAGUUCAUACCUUACGUGCUGGUCAGCGAGAAGAUAGCUUGUCCUGACGCCAUACAUAAGGAGCUGGCGACCAGAGAACGUCCGAACAGGUUGGGGAUCAUGUCCACCGUGAUAUACAUCAGGCACGAGACGGAAACGGGACACGAGGUUUCCGGGUACAUAGAUUAUAGCGAGAGGAUAGAGAACGAGAAUUGGCGGAGUUUUUUCCAGGGAAAGAAGCAGAUUUUCCCCAAUUCCAAGGACCUGGGUUACUAUCACUGGAAAUUUGGAAAAUCGUGCAGCAACGAUUCGGUCAAUUAUAAAAUAUUUCUAGACCCCUAUAACGGCCUGAGGUUUCAAAACAGAUUCGACAGAAAAUUCAUAAACGUGAAUCCACUUAUGCAUCCCGGUGAAAAUACUACUAGAGUAAGGAUAAAGUCCAACUUAUACAAACAUGUUGUUCUGUUCGACCAUUUAGUACGUCAAAGAGUAUAGCAUCUAAUUUAUGCCUAAUUUUAAUUUUAUAUUGUAUAAGUAUUGCUAUAAAUAAAAGAUUAAUUGUAUGUACUA